UCUGUUGUCCGCGUCGUGGAGAAAAACAGUGAUAUUUACAAACUAUGGCGGAGGUGGAGGCAGCAGCAGAGCUGUCAGAGGAAGCUCUGAGCGAGCUGAUGGAGCUGUGCGAGGAUCAGUUUGCUCAGCUGGAAAAGCUUCAGAAUGAGAUUAUUCUGUGUAAACCAGAUUUCUGUGAAAAUCCUCAAGAGCAGGCGGUAAAUCGACUGAUGGCAACAGAAGCUGAACUGACUCAGUGGCAGACAGAAGGGCCGAAAUUGCUGCCAUCAAACUCAGAAGUUUUACUUCAAGCUGGAAGAGAGGAGAUGCUCAAGCUGUGCUCUGAACUUGAGAUGAUUGUUUCUUGCCACAAAGCUAAGAGAGACAAACUGAGAGAAACUAAAGAACUUGAACAGAAGUGGUUGGAGGAUAAAAAACAGGCGCUGGUGGCUGCCAGUGACCAUGUGGAAAGACUUCAAAAGGAUAAAGAGAAAAUAUCAGCGAACAGUGUUCUGCAGGACACAAAGGCGAAAAUCCAGAAGAUGAAGGUGUACCAGGAGAAGCUGAUGGAGUGUCUGGGGGAAGUCCUGGAGAAACACGUCCCUCUGCCUCAGAACGAGUCCCACAAGAAGAAGAAGAAGAACAUUACCCAGGAGUUAAAUGAUGACUUGAUUUCACUUAAUGAAAUUCUUGAGCUGCUCAUGAACAAGGUCCUGAACACACCACACGACCCCUACGUGACAGUAGACGACACGUUCUGGCCGCCGUACGUGGAGAUGCUGCUCCGCUACGGCGUCGCAGUGAGACACCAAGAGAAUAACUUCAAGAUCCGCCUGGAGACCUUCUGUUAGGGCGGCGGGGCAUCAGGCGUCUCCAGCACCACUGAUCUGCUCGUGUUUCUAAUCUGAGUCUGCUUGUUCAGUAUAGUGCUAUCAUUGUUCACGUCUAUGUAAGAAGAGAUGAGGGAUAGCUGUGCUGGGAAAGCUAUGGAAUCAGUCAUUUACUGUAGUACAUUUUAUAAGAAUAACCAUUGUUUUUAAUGAACAGUUUUUAAUGUACUGAGUAACCAUGGGAUCUCUAAAAUGUCUAAGAACACCUUAAUGUAAUGUACGUUUAUCGAAAUACAUUUAGCCUUUUUUUAACAAAGUACUUCCAAUUGCAUGUAAAGUUUUCUCUGAAUAACAUAAUUAUUUAAUGUCAUUCUUUUCCAUUGCUGUUUUCAGUGGCAGAUUUAUUUCAUUUAAAGUUCAAAUUUCUGACAAGUUUGUUUUCUGACACCUUAAGAUACCACAAUGGCUUACUGUAAAUGUGUAAAUUAUGUUAAUGUGUUUGUUUGUAUAUAUUUACUUGUUCAAUAA